GAAAACCAGCUGGACGACCAGUUAAUGAACCUGGCCCUUCUCAGCUCCCCAGAAGACAUGAUAGAAGCUGCCCGCUACUAUGAAGGAAGAGGAGAACAAAUGGACCAAGCUGUGACUCUCUACCACAAGUACCAGGAUGCCCUGCAGCUUUGCCUGGUGCAAAACCUGACCAUCACGGAAGAGAUGGCAGAGAAGAUGACCAUUUCAAAAGAUUCCAAGGAACUUUCCGAGGAUUCCCGGCGGGAGCUCCUGGAACAGAUCGCUGACUGCUGUAUGAGGCAGGGCAAUUAUCACAUGGCCACCAAGAAAUAUACCCAAGCAGGGAACAAGCUGAAGGCCAUGCGGGCUCUGCUGAAAUCUGGCGACACCGAAAAGAUUGUCUUCUUUGCCGGCGUCUCGAGGCAAAGGGAGAUUUACAUCAUGGCUGCCAAUUAUCUGCAGACCCUGGACUGUCGCAAAGAUCCAGACAUCAUGAAGAACAUAAUCAGCUUCUACACCAAAGGGAGGGCGCUCGACCUCUUGGCUGGCUUUUACGACGCGUGUGCUCAGGUGGAAGUGGAUGAUUUCCAGAAUUACGAGAAGGCCUUGGGAGCCCUGACCGAGGCGUACAAGUGUAUGUCCAAGGCAAAGACGCGGAGCCCAGUCGAGCAAGAGAACAAGCUUGCACACUUGCAGAGCAAGAUGACACUGGUGAAGAGAUUCAUCCAAGCCCGGAGGCUUUACUCCGAGGACCCUAAAGAGUCCAUCAGGCAGUGCGAACUGCUCCUGGGAGAACCUGAUCUGGACACCACCAUCCGCCUGGGGGAUGUGCUUGGAUUCCUGGUGGAGCAUCAUUUGCAGAUGCAAGAAUUCCAGAUGGCCUAUCGGUACCUGGAAGAAAUGCGGAAGAAAAUCCCCUGCGUGAAUCUCAACUACUAUGUCAACCAGCAAACGGUCGAGGCUGUGCACCGAGGACUGGGCAUCCCGCUCAGCCGAAACGUCCCUCCAGAGAGAGUUCGCCACAACAGCGUGGAGGACAAGGAGGUCGAAGAAGUGGCCGACGAAGCAGAGCCCUCCUGAACGGCUCAGGGGCACACCGCCGUGUUUCGGAUGUGGUGAGGGGAAAGACCAACGGACUCUGUAAUCCUUGCUCUGCAAUCCUGUCGAUCCUUGGGAACCUGGGCAUUCCCAAGGCCGCAGGUAUUUUAUAUCCCUUUUAAAAUACUCCAAAACGGUUUCAAAGAUGUAUUCUUCAUAUUUGUAUUAAAUAUUUUAGAUACACAACUCGCUUGUGUCUUUUUGCGCGGCCUUAAACCUGAAGAACAAGAGGCUGGGAAUGGCAGAAGGGUAAUACAAAAUAGCGGGAAUAAACUGAAUUCUAGGCAAUCUUAAAAGGCUCCAGUCUGGAUUGAUUCACUGGGACCAGAGAUUUAGUCUUCCGAGCUUUCGGACUCGUGCUGGAGCUCAUCCUCAGGGAAUGUCUCUCUAUCGGAACAUGUGCUUUGGGCUAUUCUAUGUAUAGUAUUUAUGUGGUACAUGGUUAGGUGUGGCUUCUUAAUGGUUGAUUGGGGUGUCGAUGGCUGGCUGUUGUUUCCUUGUGCUGCCAAGUCCUUAAGCCGGUGGUAAAUCGGCAUGCCUGUGGACUGACAAAGGGGACCGUUUCGCAGCUUCAAUCCUUUCCCUGGCUGUUUUUGUACCUGCUCAGCCAACAAUCUGAAUAGCUGCGAAAUUGAAUGCAUGUCCUAAUAGGCUUUCCUGUCAAGAUGACUGAAUUUGUCAAGUGGAUCCACUUUCUUUGACUGCAGAAUCCCUUGUAAAGAACGAACCCUUUAGAAAAAUAGAGCCUGUCCCAGCUCAGAAUGGUUUUUAAUAAAAUUUCCCCCUUUAUUUGGCUUGGG